UCUAGUAGCCAAGGCGAACUCUAUGCCUCUGGCAGGCAGAACCCUGGGCACUUAGGGAGAUGCGAAAGGGCAGGGGGAACAAGGGAAGAUCAGAGAAGGGAGGGGAAGAGUAACAGUUACAAAAGUGAACUAAGAUUUUCAUCCAAAUUCUGAAGAACCAGGAGAUGUGAACACAGACCCUUCUGCAUAGCGCAUGUCACAUUCAGCGCACCCCUUCCCGCCUGCACAGCUCCCAUACUCGCCUGCCGCCCCGAAGCUGCUCGGCCUCCUUUAUAGCCCGCUUUCCAGUCUCACAAGGUUCUUCUCUCACCUUCUCCGGCGACCCCCUCCUGAAGCUCCCCGGAGGCGCCCGAACUUCUCCCCCCUGCUUCCCGCCCUGCCGGCCGCCCGGCUCUCGCGGGGGCACGAGGAGCUGCCAGGCCGCCUCUCGCUCCUGCUCGGGGCGGCGCUGGCACUGCCCGGCCGACCCUCGGGGGGUCGUCCGCUGAGGCCCGCCCGUCCGGUCGGCAAGCCCAGGGAAGAAGACGCCACCGCUGGGCAGAGCUCGCCCAUGCCGCCGAUGGGAUCAGAGCGGAUGGAGAUGCGGAAGCGGCAGAUGCCCCUCGCCCAGGACGCACCAGGCGCCGCCCCAGGCCAGCCAGGAGCGGGGAGUCGCGGGUCCAACGCAUGCUGCUUCUGCUGGUGCUGCUGUUGUAGCUGCUCAUGUCUCACUGUUAGAAACCAGGAAGAUCAGAGGCCCACAAUAGCUUCCCACGAACUCAGAGCAGACCUUCCAACCUGGGAAGAAAGCCCUGCUCCUACUCUGGAAGAAGUCAAUGCCUGGGCUCAGUCAUUCGACAAAUUAAUGGUCACUCCAGCAGGAAGGAAUGCAUUCCGUGAAUUCCUCCGAACAGAAUUCAGUGAAGAAAAUAUGCUCUUCUGGAUGGCCUGUGAGGAACUGAAAAAGGAAGCUAAUAAAAACAUUAUUGAAGAGAAAGCAAGGAUAAUCUAUGAAGACUACAUUUCUAUACUUUCUCCUAAGGAGGUGAGCUUAGACUCCCGGGUGAGAGAAGUCAUCAACAGAAACAUGGUGGAGCCAUCCCAACACAUAUUCGAUGAUGCUCAACUUCAGAUUUACACCCUGAUGCACAGAGACUCAUAUCCUCGAUUCAUGAACUCUGCUGUCUAUAAGGACUUGCUUCAGUCCUUAUCGGAGAAAUCCAUUGAAGCAUAGGAUUUUUCAAAUAUAUUUAUUAUUAAUAAAAUAAUAAAAGAACUCAUGGGCUUCAUCUAGCACAGGGAAUUUAGAGGUUGUAGCAUCUUCUGCUGGGGUAAUACUCAGGCUCUUCUAAUAAAAGAUGAUUCCUUCAAGAGACUGCUAUAUAUUCACAAUGUAAAUUGCAGCCACCUUUAGUGAUACUUUUGGGGAAAAAAAAAGGGAUAUGGCUGUUGUAGAAAGAUAGCGUAUUUGCAUUUACAGUAACAGUAGCAUGUUGUCAGUGGCGAAGGCUACACAGAAGGCUCCUUGCUGCCCGGAGCAGGUACAUCCGCCAGAGCAAAGGGAACCACUUUUGUUUUGCAUGAAUUUGGUAAUUGAUUACUCUCUCCCCAAAGAAAAGACAUUCAGGUGUUUCUCAACGACCUCUUCCAUCCAUCAAGCUCGGUAUGAAUACUUCACUUACCAGUGCCAUUACAGGACCCAAAUUCACAGUUCAUAAAGAUGUGACCACUACAUGUAAAAAUAGCAUUCCACUUGAUCUUACAGUAGGUAUGUAUGUAUGGAGAUACAUAUGUGUGUGUGGAUCUCUACAUGGUUAAUGUAAAGCACUGUGCUCUGAAGUGGAUCAGUCUCAAGUGUCUGGUAACAGAAGCAGUGCUUAGAAAAUUCUUUUGUUGAAAACAGUUACUGUUAUUUUAUUAUCAGAAUUUGCCAACCUAAAGAAUGAAUUUUAAAAUUCAUAACUUGGUCAUGUUCACAACAAAACUGUCAAAUAAGCAUAUUUCCAUUUUUAUUACUGAAAGAAACAUGGGCAUUUUCAUUCUUUAAAGAAAUAAAGCACAAGAAUUUUACCUCAA